AUGACUUCUAAUAACGAAAUCUUUGCAAACGGUUAUCCCUUUUACAUCACCCCAGAUCCAUCGUCUGCGCAGAGGGCCGAUGAUCAACCCACUAAUUGGUCAGUAGACUCAGCAUUGGAUCUGGUAGAUUCGAGACCGGGUGUAAUUGAUCUCGAUGGUAUUAUGACACGCUGUAUACCAGACGAUUCCUUCGCCCAGCAUCUGGACCUCGGUUGGAUUGUCGAUGAUUUAACUGAGAUAGAGCAACUCGCAGACGCAGCUUCAAACCGAAUCUCUUCAUUGAACCACGCUCAACUAUUGAAGGUCAAGUCCCAGCUUGAAGAUGUCCAGAAAAAGGUGGAUAUGCGACUUCAAGAGACAUUCCCACCGAUCCAUAAACUACAACCCACGCCCAUGGCUUCAGUUGACCCUACACCUGCUGCCUUGGAUGGAUUUUGCUGUCCUAUAUGCGGGAUAAAUGUGAAGUCCAAGAAACUCUCUACCUUCGAACGACAUCUCACCUCAGAGCAUAGUGUUAAAAGGUGGGAAUAUCGUUGUCCUGAGCCCAAUUGCACUGCGACUGCACCAGAACAUGGUGAAAUGAAAAAUCAUCUGCGCAAUGUACACGAGCAAAGUCCUAUCUCGCAUCAGGUAGUGGAUUACGGAGUCCAAUUCGCAUGCCCACCCUUUUGCAAUAUAUGCUCCCAGGCCACUCCCAGAUGGGUCGACUUUUGGAAGCAUGCGAAGAACCACUAUUGGAUGCCGCUUACAAAAAACCAUUUUUCGGAUGAAGAUAAAACGGUAUCCACGACUCGCUCCGGAGUACAAUAUGGACAGAAGCGCAAACAUGAAGAUGAAAAUACCCACACUUUACGUGAAGAGAAACAUUCCAGGAUGGACACAGCAAAUGCUAUAUUGUUACAUGGUGUUGAUACGGCGCUGGAUCAACCCUUCACUCCCAGUGAAACAAGACCACAUGACCCCAUGGUGCACCAACCAAAACAAUUGUCGCUGUCUCAAGGCUCUGUAUCCUCGGUUGAACACUCAAUUGCAACAAAUAUCACAGCCCCCGAGUCCGAAGAAGACUCAAUAGAUGCAGGUCUAGCUGAGACAAAGAAUAUGGACCACAUCUUGGACGCAGCUCGUUAUUUCAGUGAACUGGACGAGCUAGAACUUCAAACCGCUCAGAUGAUGGAUAUGAAAAAUGGCCCAUCUAUCAAGCUUGAAUCGCUGCAUGACUGUAUUGAGUGCCUUGAGAAUUGGCAAGCCGCGCUUGGAUACCUACAGUCUGAAGGAUUUUGUGGAACAUCCAUCAGCAUUUUGAUCGAAGACCAAGACCGGGAUGGCGUUGCCAGUGCUGUCCAUAUAUCACUGAGCCAUGUUAGCGCUUUGUUUCGGACCAUACUACUACCGUCCAACGAGGACGCAUCGAAAGGCCUGAUAGAGAACUGGAUGCAAACUUUGCUCAAUGUUGAUGAGAACGCCCUCUCCGAUUUUGAUUCGGUGCAAAUGCUUAGGUUCCUGUGUACAAUUCUAUCAACUGGGAUUGUUUCAUUCUCUGGGUCACACGUGUGUCGGUUUGAUAUUAAUCUAUGGGAUAAAGAGAUGGAAGAGAUCCCCAUCGGCUUUGAAGGAUAUGUAUUCAAGCCACGAAAGCUGGCUUGCUUGGAAGACUUUAUCGGUGGUCCUGCAUGGGUUCUAGGGAAAGCCUCGGUUCCAUCUGAGGCACUGAAGAUGUCGCUUACUGUCCAGGAUCUUCAAGAACUAUGGGGACCAGUCUCGCUGGUGCAAGAAAUCCCAGAGUACCUGUUCAAUGAGAUGCCCUACGAGGCAAUUCUCGUUUCCAGUACAUCGAGGAUAUUAAUCGGCACAAGCACUGACGUUGGGGCUGGGCUGGUUAUCAACGGAAAGUGCAAGUCGUCAAUCUCGCUUAUUGGACAACAGAUCGCCUCUCGGCUCCAGUAUCCCGGAACAAGCAGAUCAAGAUACGUAAGCGAUGGGUACGAUGUUCAGCUCGUCGGCGGGCAAUACGUUACAGCCGGACUCAUGAAGAAGUAUAAGCGGAUCCCAAAGCGCACACUCAAAGCAAUGCUCAUUGCAGACUCCACAAAGCCUGACACAAGGCUCGUGCCACUUCUAAAUCUCCGCGUUGGAUUGGAAGUAAGUGCAUGUACCGGAAAUGCCCAGCGUGUCACACUCUGGGACGCUCUCCGCUUCUCGCAAACAACAACCCACUCCACAGAUGACACAAUUUAUUGUGCCCACAAGGUCGGCGACAAGGAUUGUAUCAGUUUAUGCUGGAGCCGCUGGCAGUCAUUGGACGAGAUAGAUUCUCUGGACCAUAUGCCCGGGCAAAACAAGCUUCUCACCGGGGCCGAAGCCCGCCGUGUGAUCAUAAACUCGAUUCUCGCUCUCGAGCACUCGGGUGUCGACAGCGCAGGGAACCUUCAAGUAUCCUGGCCCUUUAACAAUAGCCCCCUCAAUCUUUCUGUAUCGCCAUCUACACCGAAAGAGUCGCAUAACUGGCUUCGGGUCGUCAAGGAUACGCGGGACACGUCGAGCUUUGCGGUCUUCAGCCAAAGGUGUCUGGAGUUCCCCGAGAAAGGAAUCAUGCGGUCGUGCUCUGCGCCAUGCAAGGAAGGGCAUUCCAAGCCACUACAAACUACUCUCUUGACGCGUAUUCUGACAACUACCGAACAAGGGUCGGUGUCUGGACUGCUGGUGGGGACCAAAUUUCUAGUAGGAGAAGCACAUUUGACGGUCACGAAGGCAGUACAGGACCAGUUGGCUAUUAUUGCUGCUGUCAGCAUGAAUCCUUUGAGUCCUCUGCGCUAUCGACUCCGCGAGAUUUUGCCAGAUGGACGAGCCUUCGACUUUAAAGAGCACAUCUGGCCUGAUAUCACAGGAGGCCUCUCAGUUCCGGUGUUCGUCUGCUGA